CAAGGAGAAAAGAUCAAACUGACAAACGAGAGGAGUUUGGUAAAGCAAAAGAUCGAUAAUCCCAAAGCAAAAAAGCAAAAAGACUUGAGUCGCUUCGUUGCAUCUUGCAUUGCAUCUCCACAUGCAACAACAAGACCUGUCUGUCCCACUCCUCCUUAUAGUUUAACUUAAUUCAUUAAUCUAUAGUUGAAUCCAUCCAUGAUCCAACCAAACAUGUUUUUGUUUUUCAAUUUUAGCGAGGAGUUCUCAUGCAAACCCAUAUAAAAUGCAGCCCAAUUGCCCUCCUCUUCCCAUCCUCAAUUGAGGGAACACACGCUCUCUCUCUGAUUCGACAUUUAAUCUCUGAUCGACGAUACAACAAAUAAAAAAAUGAAGCAAAACCGAUUCGUGAUAGAAUCCGUCGACGUCGAAUCCAUGGCAAAAGAAUCGGGCCUCUCUGUCCUGCAACUCCUGGCUUCACUAGCCGAUUCCGCUAAAAUACUAGCCAGACCUCCCAUUUCGAAUUACUCUGUUGGAGUCGCCGGAUUAGGAUCCGAUGGCCGUAUCUUCCUCGGCGUCAACCUCGAGUUCCCUGGCCUCCCCCUCCACCACUCCGUCCAUGCUGAGCAAUUCAUGAUCAUCAACGCCGCCAUCAACGGUGAGACUCAACUCCUUUACAUGGCCGGAUCCUCCGCGCCCUGCGGCCAUUGCCGCCAAUUCAUGCAAGAGAUGCGCAACGCCCCCGAUAUUAAGAUUUUGAUCACAUCCACCACCGAUAACCCAAGUGACAGCCGAGAGUCAGAAGCUGCGUUUCGGCCAUUAUCUGAAUUCCUGCCCCAGCGUUUCGGUCCGGAGGACCUCCUCCACAAGGACCUGCCGUUGCUUUUAGAGCCUCAUCAUAAUGGUUUGACUUUCAACGAAGACGCCCACCACGGCGCCGUCAAGGCCAACGGUGACGGCAACCAAUCCUUUAACCGCGACGUUGUAUACUCCGACGACGACAAGCUAAAGUGGGCAGCACUUGAAGCGGCCAACGAGUCGCACGCGCCUUACAGCGGAUGCCCAUCGGGUGUUGCACUCAUGGACACAGAAGGGAAGGUUUAUAAGGGGUCGUACACAGAGUCUGCCGCGUAUAAUCCGAGCUUGGGGCCGGUUCAGGCGGCAUUGGUGGCGUACGUGGCGACCGGCGGUGGAGGCGGGUACGAUAAGAUCGUGGCGGGGGCGUUGGUGGAGAAAGAAGAAGCGGUGGUGAGCCAAGAAGGCACGGCUCGGCUAUUGUUGCAGUUGGUGUCACCGCGAUGUCCAUUGAAAGUGUUUCAUUGUAAGUAGUAGUAGUUAGGCUGCUUCUGCUUCUUGGGAUUUUAAUUUCCUAAUGAAUUUCUCUGUUUCUUGAGAUUGUAAUUGUAUAAAUGAAAACCACAGUCUGAUGGAUGAAUGGUUUG